AUGAAAUAAAGAGAAAGUAUUUCUGAACCUCCUAUUGAUAAAUUAGAAUAAAUAAGAUAGAAAUUUUCAAAAUAAUUAACUAAAGUAAAGGCUAAAGGUUUUGUUUCUUGCAGUAUAGGAAAAUCAAUAGAAAAUGAUGCUGCAUCAAGAAUUUCAUUUGGCAAAAGUUCAUUUCUAGAAAAAUUAUAAUCAAUCAAUUCAUUUGAAGAUGAUGAGAAAACUUUACUAAAAUCUAUUUAAUUUGAUGUAUAAUUAGCCAUAAAAAGAUAUUAAUAAAGAAUUGAAUAAAUAGCUUAAUUAUAAGAAGAAAGAAGUUCAUUAAGAUCUUGUUAAUAAGAAAUUGUACAAUAUUUAACAACUCCAUAAUAAGAAAAAAAUUAAAUAGAAUUUGAUUCUGAAAUUUUAACAAAAAGAUCAGCUUCUAAAAGUACUGUAUAGAACACUUAAAUUAAUACAAAUAUUAAUAAAUUGAAAUAAUUAAAUAAAAAUAUUUUAGGUGAUAAAAAAUCGAAUAAAACUUUUAAAAUACUAUCAGAUAAAUAGAAUAAAUUUAAGCAAAAAAAAAAGUAAAGUAAUUAAUCUCUUACUGAAAUAAGUCUGCUCAAUAAAAAGCAAUCUUUAAAAAAAGAUGGUAAUCUUAGUUAAAAAUCUGUUUCAACUCGUUAACCAAGUGUAAAGGAAAUAGCAAUAAAUUUAGAAUAAAGAAGAUCUACUGGAAUGACAUUGCGAAAUUAGCCAAGAUAAUCAAGAAAUUCAAUAAAUUCUUUUGAUCAUAAGUAACCGACUACAAAAACAAAAAAACCAUAAGUAUUCUGA